CAAAAACAAUGAAAACUUUGGAUUUUGGAAAGUGGGUGGUAGAAUUUUUUUGCAAUUAAUUAAUAAAUUAUAAACUGCUUUUAACUACCUGAAUAUUGAAAGUAAUUAAAAAAAAUUGUGUAUAAAAGUAGCUUAAUACGCUUCCAAGAUGUACGCGGUAGAGAAGAAAUUCGAAAUAGAAAUGAAGCUAAGAAAGGAAAUGAGCAACAUCCAAGAGCUGAAGGCAGCGGCCAACCGCAGCUCGUCGCUGGCUAGCGAUGUGUGCAACGUGCUGGGCGCGUGCGAGCAGCGCUUGCAGCAGCUGGAGACUGCUGUGCUGCCGCUGUACGGGGACACAGCUCGCUUGCAACACAUUCAGCAGAAUAUGGAGCGUACAGUGAAGGCAUUAGACCACGUCAUAAACUACUACAUGGUGUCUCGGGAGCUGGCAGACCUCAUCCAGGGUGGACCACACACUACUAACACGGACUCAUUGAACAUUUAUCUUGAGGCUUUGGAUAAACUGGCAGAAGCCCAAGCAUACUUCAAUAAAAAUAAUCCACAAAGUGUCGAGUUGGAGAAUAUAAAUCAACUCUAUAAUACUGGAGUUCUAAAGUUAGAAAAUGCUUUUGAAGAGUUGUUGAGCCGCAACACAAGACCACUAUCUCCCAUCACCUUAAUGGACAUGAUAGCUUUGGAAGAGGAUUCCAGCGCGGACAGCGUAAGCGUGAGUGCCAGUGGCAGUGGCUCCGGCAGUAGCGGCGCUCUAGAGAGCAUGCGAGCCGCCGCCGCUUGGCUCAGCGCCGCCGGCCGUCCGCCCGCCGGUCCCUUGCUGGCUAUCCGAGCACCUGCUGCUAAGAGCUCGCUGGUGGCCUUCAAGGAUUACUUGAGGUCGAGGUCUAUGGCCGCGUCGCCGCUGAUGAGAGCCAAGAACAUGCUACAUCGGUCAGACAGCACAACGAAGAAAACAAGUAAAAUUCAAAAAGUCUUGGAGAAGCGAGCAAACAAGAUAAUGAUGAAGGCUUCCCAGACUUUGGAACAGUCCACAGGAUUGGCACUUGGACCACGUCGAUCAAUCGUCGAAUCAUACUCGGAGGAGAGCAACGAGGCUUUGGACGAGUUCGAGGCGGAGAGCGCGGGCGCGCUGGCCGCGGGCGUGUGCCGGCUGGCGCGCCUCGAGCAGCGCGCGCUGCUGGGGCUGGUGCCGCUGCCGCGCCUGCCCGCGCUGCUCGCGCACGUGCUCAAGGACUGCUUCGCCAUCCUCGCGGCCGACGUCGAGCGCGCGUGCAGCCGCAGCCGUCGUUCAGCCAGCAAAUGCGGCGCGGGCGCGGCGGCGUGCUGGGCGCUGCUGGGCCGCCUGCAGCGCCUGCAGCCCGACGUGGAGCGCGCGCUCGCGCCCGCGCCGCCCGCCGCCUACACCGCCACCGUCAACACCUGCCAGCUGCACUGCCUAAAAUCCCUGGAGGAAUGGGUGGAAGGCGUCCGCAAUGACAGUGCAGCAGGAGCGGUGGACGGCACCGUGCACCAGCUGGCCGCCGCUACGCUGGCGCACUGCCACCAGCUUGCACAGUAUCUGCACACCAUCGGCCCAGCGUUGGCCACGGACGCGGCUUACGCGCGCGCGGCGUCGCAGUUGCCUGGAAGCCACGACCGAAAUGCUGCGUUGCUCGCCAUAUACAUGCGCAAAGUAUUAGCGCAGUUGAACUUUACGCUGCGUAAUAAGAGUGAGCAGUACCCCGACGCGCUUAAAGCAAUUUUCCUGCUCAACAACACUCUGUAUCUGCUGCAGGGGCUGCAGCGAAGCGGGUUAUUGGACGUAGUGUCGCUGGCAGAGCCCGAGUGCGAGGCAAGCUACCGCGACAUGAUCAACGACCACAAGAACGCCUACCUACAGAGCUGGAACAAGCUGUUAGCUCACACCGUGUUAGAGGAGCAGCUGCCGGCCAAGCUGCGGGACAAGGACCGCCAGAUGCUGAAGGACAAGUUUGCUUCGUUCAAUCGCGAGUGGGAGGAGAGCACGCGAGCGCAGCGUGGCUACAGCGUGCCGGACGCGGAGCUACGCGAGGCUCUGAAGCGCGACAACAAGCAGACGCUGCUGCCGCCCUACACCGCCUUCUACGACGCCUGCGCCGCGCUGCCCUUCAGCAAGAACCCGGAUAAAUAUGUCAAGUACACGCCCGUGCAGAUCGCGACGCAGUUGGACGGCUACUUCGACGAGGCCGCUUAGUAGUUGGUUUACUACUACUCGUCGCUGUAGUGUGCGCCCGCGCCGAACAAUGUGUGACAGUUAGUAUACACUACUUAUUUACUCUCGCAUCAUAGUUGGCGAUUGCAAAACCAGACUGCAGGGUUUGACAAAGUUUUUAGGGAUUUUUUGUAGGAAAUUUUCUCGUGCUCAGUUAUUGAGUGCUGAAAUAGUGUUCCCCUAAGUACCAUCCCCUAGAGCAAAUGAAUGCUAUAGUCAUUGUGCUUACACAAUUAUUAUGUUCAGACGACAGAUCAUCAAGCUAACCACUGGUAUCAAUAGGUACUAUUUUGCAGAAAUUAUAGUGUUGU